UCAUUCGAUUCGCGCAUGUUUCGUUGUACACACUUGGAUCCUCGAAGUUCUAGUAAAAAUCGUCGGUAACACGAACGUCCUGCGGGGAAAACAGCCCCAGACUGAUUUUUUGUGCCAUUUUAAGUGAUUUUUUCGGUUUAGUGUUGAGUUUGUUAAGGAUAUUCGUUGUUAAAGUUGUGACAGUGACUGUUUAGUGAGGUGUGUAGGCACAUGUGGGCAUUGGAUAACUUUAUUUAGUGCAGCAAGUUAUGUCAUUAAGUGCCAAACUAUUAAGAAACUAAAGCUAUGGACCAGAAGAUCUCUCACACUGGACUUCUAGCCAGAAGUCCUGAAGGCCAUGCAGCUAGGGGUAUGCAGAUUAAGGGCAAUGAAGACCUUUGGGUAGAUAUACAAGCCAACACAUUCAGGAAUUGGGUCAAUGAGAACUUACCGCAAGACUUAAGGGUAGCGGAUCUGUCGAAAGACUUAUGUACAGGUGUAAGACUUUGUUAUUUGGUUGAAGCUCUCAGGAAAAAACCCUUGAAGCCAUCUUGGAACAAAAGACCAAUGAACCAGCAUCAUUAUCUAGAAAAUGUCACUUGCGCCCUAAGUGCCAUAGAGCAAGACGGCAUUAAGCUCGUAAAUAUAGGUAAUACAGAUAUAGUCAACGGAAAUCUAAAGCUAAUCCUCGGUCUAAUAUGGUCGUUAAUCGUUCAUUACCAAAUCGGAAGAUCGAAGUUCCCGCCAAGAAAAUUAAUGCUGUCGUGGCUGCAAGCCGUCCUGCCGGAAUGUAAAGUUUCGAAUCUUACGACAGAUUGGAAUUCAGGAAUACUGCUGUCUGCUCUUGUUGACUAUUGCCGACCUGGACUCUUCCCGCACUGGAGAUCGUUAGAUCGAAGUAAUGAAAUAGAAAACUGCCGUCGAGCUAUGAACAUAGCACAAAAGGAUCUGGGAAUUCCCGCUGUAUUAGAACCAGAAUAUUUAGCUUCUCCAUGGCUCGAUGAACUCUCAGGAAUGACGUACCUUUCCUAUUUCAUGAAACCUGGUUCUCCAGGUUUUCAUGCCACUUUAAGAUGGGUCAACUCUAGGUUAGAGAGGCAGAUCAACAAUUUUACAACCGAUUGGAAUGACGGAAGAGUUAUCAGCGAGAUAAUUAGAUCUUUGGGAGGCUCAGCUGCUGCUCCUGAGAAAUUAAGAACUGACUCGUCUUACUGGGAAUCCAAUCAAAUUCAAGCCAUCGAAGCUGGAAGAAGAUUAGGUGUGGAACCCGUAUUAUCGGCAAGAGACAUGGCCGACAGAAAUGUGGAGCACUUGGGUGUCAUGGCGUAUGCUGCUCACUAUCAAUGGGUACCUGAACGACCGCCUCUACACGAUCUCAUCAAUGUUACGCUCAAUUCUACCUCUGGAAGAGUUGGAGAACCAACCUACUAUCAAGUUACUCUAUUAGACUCAUCUUUAUCAUAUUCGCAUUUGUCGACCGAAAUCCGCGGACCAGACAACAAAAUCUUUCUGGGAAAUAAACUGCAACAAGGCCAAGGCACUUUUGUUCCUUCUAAAGUUGGUAUGCAUGAAAUUAUAGUCAAGUACGAAAGGGAAGAAGUACAAUCUGGUCAUUACUUCAGAGUUUUGCCGCCAUUGGUUGAAGUUGCUCCACCCGGUAUGGCUCCAUGUGCCCUGGGAUCGUUGGUGCAAGUUUUGGUUAACGCUACAGGUGCUCCGAAAAAAGAAGAUAUACUUGUAACAGCUUACAGCCCGAGUGGAAGACCGUUAGAUUGCCCUUUGACAGUCGUAGACGGAACUCAUAGUGCCACUUUCAAGCCUGACGAAGCUGGCGAAUGGAGAAUAGAAAUAACCUACCAAGGAAAACAGAUUCAGGGAGGACCAUUUACCUGCUCUGUUUUCGAUCCCAAUGGGGUUUUCGUAUCUGGUCUGGAAGGUGCAUUGCCACUAAUUCCUCAUGCCAUAGAAGUAGAUUGUAGAGCAGUGGGUGUACCAGGCGAAGUCGUUGCUGACAUCGUCCACGAUAAAAAAUCAGUCCAUUGCCAUGUAGAGAAAUUGGAUAAUUUUCAUUACAAGGUUCACUUUACCCCUAAAGAUGCUGGAAAACAUAGGGUAUAUAUUUAUUUCAAUGGAUACGACGUGAAAGGUUCGCCCUUCAUGAUGAGAGUAGGCACACAAAAGCGAUCCAAAUCUAGUAGUAGUCCCACUAACUACCGUGCUAGUCCUACGAAUAGAUUCAAUACACCAAGUCCCAAUUUCUCAAGUCAAUCAACAAAAAAUAACAACUACACAAACUAUAGACAAAACGCAAGUCCUUUAUUGGAGGAGAACCACAAUUUCGCUCAGGAUUAUCACAUGAAAUCGGUGGCUGAAAAACGAUUAACCUCAAGUUCACCAAUCUACGUCGAUAGAAACAGUCCCAGUUACAAUCAAAGAACUCACAGUCCAGUUUAUAGAACGGCAAGUCCAAAUUAUCAGCCUCCAAGUCCCAGUUACCGUCCAACGAGUCCAAGUCAUGGAAGAGACAGUCCCGAUUAUAUUAGCAGUCGAAAGCUAAACGAAAAAAGAUAUGAUUUUACCAACAAAAUGUCCUCUAUGAGAGUGGAAGACGCAAGAAGUCCCAGUUAUUUAGAAAGGUCGAGUCCUGACGUAGGCUACACCUCUACCUCCAGAUACGACAAAAGAGUAACAGAAAACCGCGUUUACACCAACAAUUCUUCCACAAAUGGAGUCGAUACAACUCCUAUCAUUAAAGUUUCCUCCGUCAACGAUUCGUCCUUGGGUCGUCGAGAUUCUUGGGAUGCUAUCGCAAAAACCAGGAACAUUCUUUCAGAUCGAAGUUUAGAAUCUUUAGCCAACUUAACGGAAUCGCAACUCGAUACUGAGUUGAGACGCAGGAAAGCUGAGGAACAUUCGAAGUUUAUUUUGAAAGAGCAGAGCUAUAAAAAUUACAAUGAAAAUUAUUCGUCGAAAAAAUAUAGCGAUAGUUAUGGAAGGAGUUCUCCUGUAUAUAGUAGAAUGAGGAAAGAGGGCGGAGCUCAGGCUGUUAGAGUCCAACCUGUUCCAGACGGAGUAUUAGGACAACCUGUAGAAUUCGAGAGUAAGUAUAUUCAAGGCAUCACGCACUUCUUUGUAUACGAGUGUUGA